AGAACCCACUUCGCUCUAGGUUUGCUCUCCCAAAGCACAAAGAGGCAAAAACCUAAUCGAACAGAAAUUCUCUCUCUCUCUCUCUGUGUAAGAGUAGGUCAGUAACGAUGAGAUUCCUGAGUCCUGGAGAAGAAGUCACACGUAAAACCCAGAAAGAAGGGUUUAACAUGGAACCCUCCACCCCUGCCCAAACUUGCGAGUCAUCCUCCCCUCUCCUCCAAUCUUCCCCGGCGAACCCAGAACUGGACGCUCUCAUGUCAGACACAGAUGCAGUCAUAUCGGCUUCUGGAGCUGUUGACCAGUUCCAGAGGAGUCCCAGUCUCGUUUUCAAGCAGUUGAAAACAAACAGUACCUUGGUCAAUGACGAGAAUAGGCUUUGGGUUUUGACAGUUAAACAGAGCGGAACUGAGUCGUCGGGAUUUGAACCGAGUAGAGGUGAAGAUUAUGCGACUGCUAACGAGUGUAAAGGAAAGAUAAAGCUGGACUUGAAUGUUGGUUUCUCCGGGUUCGAGGAUGAACUUGAAGAAGGAGGUCAAGGCAGCGAUGAUAAAGAAGGUGAGAAGAUAUUGUUGAUCAGUAGUGGGAGUGUAGACGUUGGUGGGAAGAUGUUGAAGGAAGUAGCAAGAGGGGAUGGAGCAGGCAGUGUUAAGCGCAAAAGGCGUAGCAGAGAAGAGAAAGGCAAGGGAAAACUGGUGGAGGUCGAUGAGGAGCUUGAUGGAGAGGAUUUGGUUAUAUUGGAUGAAGAGCCAAGUUUUUUCGGGGAUGGUAGUCUCAAGCGUUGGAGAGCAAGUAGUGAAGAAAGAGAGAAGAGAAAACUUGUCAUGGAUGAUCUAGCGAGGAGUGGUAUUGAUGUAAUAGAACUUGAUUCAGAUUCUGAAGCAGAGAAUUCAGUUUAUGAUAGCCAAGGAAGAACAGAAAAUAAGGCAGAUCAAUGUAAAAGAAUAGUGAGUGAUGUGAGUGAAGAGGGUGUUGCUAUUGAGAACUUGGAGAGAGACCUGACUGCUGGCGUGAACGGCUUUUUCAGAGUUGAUAAUAACGUAGAGUUGCAAUAUGAAAGGCAGGGUAACACAAAAGGGAAUGAAUCAAAGGGAGGGGAAUAUGGGCAACGGUUCCGGGAAGCGGCUAGGCAACAUGCACAGAAAUAUGCUGUUUUUAACGAAAACCACCCGUCUCUUGGUGCUGGAUGUGAGGGGACUCCUUAUUCAAUAAAAAAUAAGUCCACAACUGUUAAUUGGGUUCCAAGGAGGAGUCAGGAUCAUCAUGGCUCGAAACCGUUGGUCCCCUCACUUUUAGAGCUAAGCAUGAAAAUUCUUGUGAAGAAUACUGAUGCAAUCACUUCACUUGACGGUGUCCCAGAUGAACUGAAGCAUAGGCUUAGUCAGUUGCUAUGCGAUUCUAGGAGAAUGAACACUCAUUUUUUUGACCUCCUUGUCUGCGGAUCCCCUGCAGAGGUACGCUUGAGGGAUUGUUCAUGGCUAACAGAGGAACAAUUCACAAAAUCUUUUGAGGAUUGCGACACAAAACAUCUGAUGGUAUUACAACUUGAUCAGUGUGGGCGCUGUUUUCCUGAUAAUGUAUUACAAGCUAGCUUAGCUCGGUCACCAAAAUGCUUACCAGAACUAGCUAUUCUAUCCCUCACUGGUGCAUUCCGGCUUUCCGAUGUUGGGAUAAGUGCACUUAUUUCUUCUGCCCCUGCACUAAGAUCUAUAAAUCUUAGCCAGUGUUCACUUCUCACCUCCAGUAGUAUCAAAACAUUGGCUGACUCACUGGAAUCAAGUCUGAAAGAAUUGUACAUUGAUGAUUGCCAAAACAUUGAUGCUAUGCUUAUUCUGCCACAAUUGCAGAAGCUAAGACAUUUAGAAGUGUUUUCAUUAGCAGGCAUUCAAACUGUUUGUGAUGAUUUUAUUAGGGAAUUUAUUAUUGCACGUGGUCACAAUAUGAAGGAGCUUGUUUUAUCUGAUUGUGUGAAAUUGACUGAUACUUCCUUGAAAGUUAUUGCUGAAACUUGUUCUGGAUUAUGCCGACUUGACCUUGUUAACUUGUGCAAAUUGACAGACUCUGCUGUGGGAUAUCUCGCUAAUGGUUGUCGAGCAAUUCAAACACUGAAACUUGGUCGUAAUUCAUUCAGUGAUGAAGCUAUUGCAGCCUAUCUGGAAACCUCUGGAGAGUCCCUAAAAGAACUCUCCCUAAAUAAUUUGACCAAGGUUGGCCACAAGACAGCCAUGUCACUUGCUACACGCUUAAAAAAGUUGAUAAACUUGGAUCUGUCUUGGUGCCGGAAUUUAACAGAAGAGGAUUUCGGUUUGAUUGUGGAUGGUUGUUUAUCACUGAGGGUGCUCAAAGCUUUUGGAUGCACUCAGAUAACAAACGUGUUUGUGGAUGGUCACUCAAAUCCAAACCUACAAAUCACUGGUUUGAAACUGUCUUCAAUAUUGGAAAAUCUCAAGGUGUCUGAUCCUCAACAGCUGUUGAAAUAUUCUCCGAUGUCUCUUACUAUCUGGUCUUAAUUUUGCAUCAUUAAAUGCGUGAGAUUGGCAUCCUGCGGCAUUGCAUUUGCUCUUGUAAAUUGAUUGCAGUAUCAUACUGUAUGUAUGUAGUCAAAUUAAAGUGGAAAGAUCAGCAUUAGAAUCACAUUUUUGUUUACUGUUAUACUUCUUUAUUAAUUCCAGUUGCGGCAUGAAUGCAAGGAAGAUUCUUGUAUAUACAUUAUGGGAUUGAAUUCUGAUAUUGCAUGGCAGAUUCAUUAUGAAAAAUGACAUGCUUUAUUAAAUGAAAAUCAUAUACUUUAAGGAUA